AUGACCCUAAAAUCAUACGAAGAACGAAUCCAUUACCGCGUCGCGAUGCGGGCGUUCUCGGCUUCGAACGCCCAGUACGAGCGUGUUAAUGAUAACUUGCAAUUGAACGAGAAGUUCAGUUCUGGGUUUAGUGGGAUGGUUCAGCUGCCUCAGGGUGGGCAGGUCGCUGCUACUGCUGCUACUCGUGACCAGACGAAGUUCAGUACUCAUGCACAUGAGCAGGCGAAGUUCAGAACUGGACGAGUCAGAUCGUUUGCUGAACCUGUGCCCUUCCGGCCUGUCGCUUCCCCGCCUAUCGACUCUGGACGUGCUCGUAAUCACCCCACUGUCUCUCGCAGCCAGCCAGCUACCUCUCUUAACCAACCCGCCGUCUCUCGCAAUCAGCCAGCUGCUGCCCAUGAUCACACUGCUGCUCAUAACCACCCGGCCACGCUCGAGAGCCUGGUUGACAUAGAUAUGAGCAGCACGCUUGCGAAGAGGGGGAGUGCGAGUUCUGCUGGGACCAGAACUACGGUUUCUGCGAGUACGACGACGAUGGAGAGUUAUGCGACUGCGAAUACGACGGCGACGGUGGGGAGUUAUGCGACUGCGAAUACGAGUGCGAGUACGGAUACGACGAGGGGUACGAAUACGAGCGGGACUACGAACACCAGGACUAUGAAUACGACAAGGACUUUGACUAGGACAGGCACUACGAAUACGACGAGUACAGCAGACGAACUGAUAUCCGCGCACAUCCCCACUAUCCGGCCUGUUACUUCGAGUCCUGUGCCUCAGGUUCAGACCCUUAACCGACGGGGUGGUCUGAAUCAGGCUGCUGGUUCGUAUUCGUACGGUGGUGCUAGAGCUAAGCUGAGGGGGAGGGCGAGAGUGUCUUUUGGUGGGAGUCUGGUAGCCUCUGAGUCGAAGCAGGAUGGGGGGCAGGGAAAAGCGAUUGGUGGGGAGGUCGUAGAGAACGGUCGAGAGGUUGUGAAAGACGGUGGGCAGGUCGCAAAGAAUGGUGGACAAGCCAUAACGAGCGGACAACCCAAAACGAAGCAAUCCUCCCCGCUCCGCCUCGUCACCCCCGGACCAUCGAACGAAAGUCUCGAGGAUAGUGACUGCGGGUACCGCGCGUCUUCGGAGAUGUGUAGGGAGAGCGUGGCGUCGGCUGGGACUCAGGCUGAGGUUGGAUCCAGCUCUACUCCCGAGAGUGGUAUUACAGUGUCGGGUGGUAGAGGUGGUAGCCAGGAACAAGGGAACGCGGGUCAGGGGAAUGGUUACGCAGCGCCUCUGGGGUACUCGAAGCGCAGGCCUACCACUCCGAACGUCAAUUCGAAUGGGAGGACGCGUUGUGGUGGGGGGAUUGGGACUGACCAGGUGGACUACAAGGUAAACGUUAUUGAGGAUAGGAGGGCGUCGAUCAGGCCUAUCACGUCGCCCAAUUCGAAGGUUCAGGAUUGCGGCGCUGCGUCCAAAACUGCUGCCGGUGUUCCUCCUACGACAACGAGGUCGAACUCGAAUUCAUCCGACCCCUUCUCUUCCUCUUCUCCCGACCACACUCCAAAUGGUACCCUAUCCCAGUCCCACCCGAACUCCCCCUCGCAAAAGUUCCCUCCCGCUGUCCGGCCCUGCACACAGGGCUCCAUCCGUCAGCCCAUAAUCCAACCCCUCGCCCUCCAGCCCCGGUUCACCUCCUCCCUCUCCUCCUCCUCCGCCCUCGAACUAGUCGACGAGCUCCUCGAAGAACGAAGCGACUGCCUCCGCCUCGCUCAACUCAACAAAGCGUAUAUAAGGGAGAUAGAUUGCCAGUUGUUUAGGCUUAAGGAGUUGUUGGAGCGGAAGGGGUAUGCGUAUGGGUUGUUUAGGCUUGAGAGGGAGUUGGAGGAUGUUGGUCUGGAUAUCAACACCCAGCAAACGCCCAACAACCCAGACCACAGACGGCGACAUACAACAGACGAACGCGAGAUAAGCCCUAUCAAAGGCCAGGAUAACCCCGACCUCUUAUUCCAGAAACGACGUGGUUAUUCGAGGCUGGUGGAUGAAGCUAUGACUGAAGUCAUGUUCCUCGACGCCCACCUUUUCAAGCUGAAGCGCCAUUUUGAGAGGAAGGGGUACGCGUUUGAGUUGUUUGUGUUGAAGCGUAGGCUUGAAGAUGAAGGGAUCAACCUGCCGUUUCGAGCUGUGCAGGUUCCUGGGGAGGACGAGGAGGAGAUUCAGAGACUCUGUGAAUGGUGA